GUUGACAAACUGUUUUGCUUAUGAACAAUAAUAACGUCAAUGUAUUGUCGCCUAUAAAGUAAUAUAUGUUGCUAGUUACUAUAUAAUAAUAUAAAUAGUCUGUAAGACAGACGAACGCAAAUGAUUCUGCGGUUUUUACGUAUCUCAAAGAGGUUCUACAAUCCGCCAACUAAAAAGUCAUGGAGUAAACAACAUCCUGAUUUCCGCACGAGACGUCCGUUGGUUGAACCGUACAACCUUGGGAGGCUCCAUCCAGAGAAGGAAUGGUGGAAGCUACCAAAGAAGGGCUUGAGCCCAUCUACCUUCAUGGGAUUUCCAGAUGUAGCACAUCUAGAAAAGCGUGGAGGUUCACUCUAUGCAAAUCUUAUGGACGGCAACACAUUGUCUAUGGUGAUCUACAGGGCCAUACAGCAUGAUGUCAAAGAUGCGCAAAUAUGGCACAGUUUAACUAGACAAGCACUGAAGCUUGCAAUGUCACUUGAUCCAUAUGUGGUAUCACUCCUUUUCCUCUACCUUUCGAGAAGUAACUGGUACGACCAUCAGUUCAUUGUUACAUUCACCGGUCGCAUAUUAGCAACCCUCAGUGAAUUCACCAUUGUUGAAUGUGCUAACGUAUUGAUGGCUAUGGAGAAUACAAAGUUUUUUCACGAAAAGACACAAAAACAUGUCAUUCAACAUGCCGAAUCGUUAUGUUUAUCAGAUAUUAGAUCGAUAACAGUUGAUGACGCAUUGAAAUUAUUGGCAGUGAUUAAACAAGACAUGAUGGGAGUUGACAACAUACUGGUUGCUCUAGGUGAAAUAGUGGAAGUGUCUGACAUAUCCACAACGGAUGAAAUGGUCCUAAUACAAUCUAUGGAAGCGUUGUGCAAUAUCCGUGACCGAGUAGACAGAUUAUGUGUUACAAGAAUCUUUGAUGAAUUGUGCAACAGAUUGGAAGCUGAUAAAAUAUGUAAUCAUGCAAGAAAUAUUGCUAUAUUACAGACAAUGGCAUGUUUCCAUUAUCGCAGGCCUAUGGCCAUUGAACUUAUACAACAAAGGCUACAUAAUAACGUUCAUACGGCAAAUACACUUGAAAUGUGUCAGUAUAUGUACUUUUCAACAGUAACAGAUCGAUGUCUUCCCAGUGAUGACGUAUACAGCAAUUUAUCAAUCCGAUGUGUCAGACAGCGUUGGUCUAUAUGUGUAAUGUAUCUAUUGCCUAUGCAGAUGCACUCAAGAAUAUAGAACAAUUU